AGAGCGACAGAUCCAGGGAGGAUGCGGGGCUGUUGAAAGAGAACAGCCAGCCGCGGGUCUCUGGAAGGGACGCGCCAGUGGUGGGGCCGGCAUUGCUACACAUGCUCUGCGCUAUUCAGCUGUGUACGUUCCCAGGCUCGGCUGUGCCAAUAAAGACAGCAACAGAAUCGGUGGCCAGCAAAGAGACGAGUCUGUUCCUGCACAACCCCAGCGUGCAGAUGCAGGGCGACAUGCCUCCGUUGCUGGUUGCUCAUCGAGUGCGCCCACUUUGUAGCUACUCUGAAGAACCCGUUCCCAUUUGCGCUGGAGCUGAACGAUGUUGCAUUAGUAGUGCGGGUCAAGCCUACUGACCGCAUCAGGUUUGGUGCUCCGACGCGGUGCGUGAUUCCAGCCCAUGGGUCAGGGCAGGUGCUCCUGGAGUUUACUUCCUGAGGCUGCCGGCCAAGUCCAUGUAGUGGGCAUCCAGAUCUGUCUGUUCCAGCACUUGUCUGUGCAAUGUCUCUUGGCAGACGAGCACGAGGCGGAUGCAAAGCGCAGAGCAAAGGAGAAGCCGCUGCAGCAGCGACUGGAGGCUGAGCGCAGCAAACUUUUAGGCAUCAGUGCCGGCCAGACUGAGUCCGAGCUUGCAGCCGAGACCGUGCAGUUGUCAGUAAUGAAUGCAGGCCAUACGUUGUUGGCACAUGUUGUGCCUGCGCUGCCCAGUCUGCGGUUACUUGAAAGCAGCAUUGCGCGUGAAGAGUCACUGAGCCUGUUCGAAGGCGAGAGCCGCGAGGUGCAAUUCACGCUGGUGAAUGGCGGGACCACCGCUAUCGACUCCAUUGACGUCAGAUUCGAGCCGCUAACAACGAAUGGGAAGCGCGUGGUGGACGACAUGCACGGCGAGACGCUGCAGCGCGAUGUUGUCAACGCGGCUUUGAGCUAUCGCUUUGAAAACGGCAGCGACAUGCGUAUUGCCAGCCGGCAGGUGUGUACAUUGCUGAUAAAGGCGAUCGGUCUGAGCGGGUGGGUCGGCGGCGACAUUGUGAUCCGGUACGGUUGUUCGGACAACAGUGGAGUGGUAUCGCGAGCUGAAAUGGUCGCUGCGCAUUACGGUCGCGCGACUGCUGGCCCCAGCACAAGCUAUCUCGGACGGCCUUGCUACCAAGUACUUUGAUCUUCCUCCCUACAUUGCCCGGGCCCUGGGCAGCGGCGACGGGAGACUGCCGCACGUUUCAACUGCAAAGUACGUCGAGGAUAUUGUCGGGGUCCUGCGCGAGGCCCAGGCGGGAUCAUCAGCGCCGCAGGCCUCGUUCUAUCUGGCGGAAGCGAACAUCCGCAACGACAUUGCUACGUCGAUUGACUUGGAGAUUGAGGUGGACCUGUCACCGACCACGCAUAGUGAUCCGGCUUGCUUUGGUGACUGGGGCCAGAAAGGAGGACAUGCUGGUAAAGACUAUCAACAUGCAUAUUCCGGGCCAUCGCAAGCUGUCACGCCUGC